AUGGUUCUUUUUCAAGGAUUAUUACUACUGCUAGGUUUGGUUUUGAAUUUGUUGUUUCUGUGUAAUGGAGGCACAACUAGUAGUUUUAUUAGAAACGUUGAGAAGACCGUUGAUAUGCCACUUGAUAGCGAUGUUUUUCGUGUUCCUUCUGGUUAUAAUGCUCCGCAACAGGUUCAUAUAACACAAGGUGAUCAUGUGGGGAAAGCAGUGAUCGUGUCGUGGGUGACCGUGGAUGAACCGGGGUCGAAUGCAGUGCAAUACUGGAGUGCGAAUUGCAAGCAUAAGAAGUUAGCUGAAGGGAAAGUUGUAACUUAUAGAUACUUCAAUUACACAUCUGGUUUUAUUCAUCAUGCUACUAUAAGGAAUUUGAAGUAUGAUACAAAAUAUUAUUACGAGGUUGGAGUUGAAAAUACAACAAGGAAGUUUUGGUUUACAACUCCUCCUCAAGUUGGUCCUGAUGUUCCAUACACAUUUGGUCUUAUAGGGGAUCUUGGUCAGAGCUUUGAUUCAAACAGGACACUUUCUCACUAUGAAUUGAAGUCAACAAAAGGACAAACAGUGUUGUUUGUUGGAGAUCUUUCUUAUGCAGAUAAUUACCCGAAUCAUGACAAUGUUAGGUGGGAUACUUGGGGAAGGUUUGCAGAGAGGAGUGUUGCUUAUCAACCGUGGAUAUGGACUGUCGGAAACCAUGAACUUGAUUAUGCUCCAGAAAUCGGUGAAACCGAGCCAUUCAAGCCAUUUUCGCACCGAUACCGUACUCCUUAUAAAGCAUCAAACAGUACUUCACCCUUUUGGUAUUCUAUCAAAAGAGCUUCAGCACACAUCAUUGUCUUGGCCUCAUAUUCGGCAUACGGAACAUAUACACCGCAAUACCAAUGGCUGGAAGAAGAGCUACCGAAAGUUAACAGGAAAGAAACUCCUUGGUUGAUUGUUCUCAUGCAUUCACCUUGGUAUAAUAGCAACACUUAUCAUUACAUGGAAGGCGAAACAAUGAGAGUAAUGUUUGAGUCAUGGUUUGUUAAGUACAAGGUUGAUGUUGUGUUUGCUGGUCAUGUACAUGCCUAUGAAAGAUCUGAACGUGUCUCGAAUAUUGCAUAUAAUAUUACAAAUGGUAUUUGCACUCCUAAAAAAGAUGAAAACGCUCCGGUAUACAUAAACAUUGGAGAUGGAGGGAACAUUGAAGGCUUAGCAACCAUUUAUACAGAGCCACAGCCAGAUUACUCGGCAUUCCGAGAAGCUAGUUUUGGACAUGCUAUUUUUGACAUAAAGAACAGAACACAUGCUUACUAUACCUGGCACAGAAAUCAAGACGGUGAAGCUGUUGAGAGUGAUCCCAAUUGGUUUCUCAACAGAUUUUGGAAGCCAGAUGAUGUUUCCCAUUAG